UCGCUAGGAUUCUGUCUGUUCAAGUUGAACGACGAUGCCAAGCUCGAGAGCAAGGACUUGUGGAAGUCGUUCGAGUCGCCCGAGUUGGCUACCGCCGCCCUGAACCUCGAGGCUAUUCACCGAUUCCAAUCGACCGCCUCGGCCGUCGAGGACAUUACCGCCAUCCAGGACGGCCGUCUCUCCGACACCCUCAAAAACUUCCUCUCCGAAUCCAUCCCCUCUUCCUCCUCAUCCAACGGCGAGUCAUCGAAAAAGAGCAAAAAGUCGAAAUCCUCGUCUUUGGAACAGAAACUCAUCGUUUCGGACCCCAAGUUGGCGGGGACCAUCUCCAAGGCGCUCAGCAUCCCCGUUCACAGCGAUACCAGCUCGGGCUUGCAGGAUCUGUACCGAGGAAUCAGGACCCAGUUGUCGGCCUUGUUGGGAGGAGUGCAGGAGACGGAUUUGGGGACCAUGAGGUUGGGUCUCGGGCACAGUUUGUCCAGGUUCAAGCUCAAGUUCUCGACCGACCGAGUCGACACGAUGGUCAUCCAGGCCAUCGCCUUGCUCGACGACCUCGACAAGGAGAUCAACAUUUACAGCAUGCGAGUCAAGGAAUGGUACGGAUGGCAUUUCCCGGAAAUGGGCAAGAUCAUCGCCGAUAACCUCGCCUACGCCAAGUGUGUCAAGGCCAUGGGUUUCCGAACAAACGCCUCCUCGACCGACUUUGGCCUCAUCCUCCCCGAAGAGCUCGAAAACACGCUCAAGGCCGCCGCCGAGAUUUCGAUGGGAACGGAAAUUUCCGACUCGGAUAUCGACCACAUCCACUCGCUCUGCGACCAGGUCAUCUCGAUCACCGAGUACCGUAAAGAGCUCUCGCAGUACUUGACCAACAGGAUGGAAGCCAUGGCGCCCAACUUGACCGCCAUCGUCGGCGAACUUGUCGGUGCGCGAUUGAUCAGCCACGCCGGAAGUCUCAACAACCUGGCCAAGUUCCCCGCCAGUACCAUCCAGAUCUUGGGUGCCGAAAAGGCCUUGUUCCGAGCGCUCAAGACCAAGCACGAUACCCCCAAGUACGGGCUCAUCUACCACGCCUCGUUGAUCGGAGGUGCACCUCAAAAGCUCAAGGGAAAGAUGGCCCGUAUGGUCGCGACCAAGACGGCGCUCUCGAUCCGUGUCGACGCUCUCGCCGACGCCGAAACCAAGGCGAACCCGGCUGCCGCAAGGAUCGGGUCAGACAACAGGGAAAAGCUCGCAUCUCGACUCCGAGCGUUGGAGCGUUCGUUGGGUCUCCCACCGACGUAUAUCCGGGCCGAUCGACGAGAACAGGCCAAGUACGACCUCGGCGGGGACAAUGUUGCCGCGUACAAUGAUGCUGCGGAUGAGCAGUUGAUCAAGACGCAGCCGCAAGAGGCCGCCAUGGAGAUUGUCAGGGAGGUCAAGGAGGAAAAGGCCGCCGACAAGAAGGACAAGAAGAAGAAGAGGAAAUCGGAGGCCCCCGCUGGUGAUGUGACUAUGGAGGUCGACGGCGAGGGUGACAUCGAGGGAGAGACCAAGGAGCAGAAGAAGGCUCGGAAAGAGGCCAAGAAGCAGACCCCGGCAGCAAACCUGUCCGUGUCAAACGGAGCCAACGAGGACAAGAAGGAGAAGAAGAGCAAGAAGAGACGGGCGAGCGAGGUCGACGGCGGGGCCGAGGCUAACGGAGACAAGGAAAAGAAGAAGAAGAAGAAGAGCAAGGAUUAG